AGCAGUCAGUCUCUCCUUUGUACGUCCGCGAGCGCGGUGUGCUCGCCUCGUUCUCCGCUAUUGUAGCUGCCGCUGCCUUUGGAGGCGGCUCGAGCGAGGGUGGCUUGCCUGUCAUGCCUCGAGUUGACUUCUGCCCCCACCAGUGACUUCAACCCUAGCCUGAUGUCCAUCCUCAGGUUGUCACUAAUCUGCUUAACGCUCAUCUUAGCGUUUCAAACUGGUUAUGGCGAGCCGGCGGAGGAAGCGUCGUCGGAAUCGCAGCCCACCGUCAAAGCGAAAUUGGCCGGCCGCAGCAACAGAUCAAAGGAGCGGCUCAAGGAAUCGGUCUAUCCGCCCGAUAACUUGAUCGUCUCGAGGAACUCGUCGCUUUAUCUGCGGCUGACGGAGCCGCGGAUCGGCUUCAAACCGGUCAAAGGGUGGAUGUUCCGGGUGGCCGGCGGUGUGCAGGGCUUGGAGGUCACCCCGAACUGGGGUAUCGUGUACGUGGGCAACCCAAAAGAGCUGCAGUCCCACGAGCCGCACGCGGACCUGCUGAAAAUUGAGAUUUACAACGGGGCCAACAAGUCGGAGAGCUUCUCGCACCAGCUGGCCGUCGAGCUGGUCGACGACAAGAGCGAUUGCGGCUACCUGGAGGAAAACGAUACUCAUUGCUCUAGGUACGCAUCCGAGGGCAAAUGCAAACGAAGCUGCGGCGUGGCGUCCAACGCGUUUUGCUUGUGGCGCGCCCCAUUGUCGAACAACCCAUCGAGGCUGUCGCACGACUACGCCACUUGCACCCCCAACACCUCACACUGUCCAAACAUGAAGUGCGACGAACUGGAAGAAAAGGAUUACCGCAUUUGUCCCCAGGACUGCACAACACACGUUUUCGGCUCAGGCCUGCCAAAUGGCGAGAAGGGCAUCAGCGCUGCAUCAGGAGUCUGCAUCUGCAACGAAUUAUUCAAAUGCACUUGCUCUAAUGAGAAAAGUUCUGCCGAUCCGCUGCGCAGCCCGAACAAGAACGGCGGUUCGAAGCGCGAUUCCCAAGACCCGAAUUCGAGUAGCAGGUGUGACAGUACUUGCAUGGUUUUCUUAAGUGGUUGCGUAGCUCUCCUUCUCGUUGUCCUGCUUGCAACCACCGUUUACAUUAAAAGACUCAUCCACUUCGCGCGGAUUAUUCUCUCGAGGAGAGAAGCUUUGCUGGAGCCGAAGGAAACUUCUCUGUUCGAAUGGGGCGCCGCUCAAGCGUCGGAAGCCGCGGCGGCCGGAUCCUCUCGCGACGAUCAGGAAACAAAACUGUACUGCGUGCCCAAUUUGAAGUACCUGCCGCUCGACCCCAAGUGGGAGUUCCCGAGGGAGAGGCUCAACAUUGAAAAGGUACUCGGUGAGGGUGAAUUCGGCCAAGUUCUGCAAGCGUCUGCUAUCGACCUGCCAGGUGUUCCAGGUCGAACGACGGUAGCUGUGAAGGCACUGAAGGCCGGCGCCGGCAACACAGAACUCAACGACCUGCUCACCGAGUACGAACUCCUGAAAGAAGUGUCGCACCCAAACAUCAUCCGUCUGCUGGGCGCGUGCACCUGCUCCGACGGCCAGAUUUUCAUCAUCAUUGAGUACGCAGACAAAGGGUCGCUCAGGGGUUACUUGAGAGGCUGCAGGAGAGGCGGCAGGCAGGCAUUGGAGAGGGAACGACUCAGUUUGAAAACUCUGAUCUCAUACGCAUGGCAAAUCAGCAAAGGCAUGGAAUAUCUCAGCGAAAUGAAAAUGGUGCACAGGGAUUUGGCAGCCAGAAAUAUCCUGCUCACUUCUAAAGGUGUUUGUAAAGUGUCCGACUUUGGUCUCUCGAGGGAUGUAUAUGAAGAUGAUACUUACCUGAAACAGAGCAGAGGCAAAGUUCCAGUAAAAUGGAUGGCCUUGGAAUCGCUCUCCGACCAAGUGUACACAAGCAAGUCAGACGUUUGGAGCUAUGGCGUUCUAAUUUGGGAGUUGCUAACCCUUGGACUAGCCCCAUACCCAGGCAUUGCGAUUCAAAACCUUUAUGAUUUGCUGUUGUCAGGGUACAGAAUGGAGAACCCAGUGCCAAAUUCUCAGUGCAAAUUGUAUCACUUGAUGCAAGCUUGUUGGGCCACGUAUCCGACCGAUCGGCCAAGUUUUAUGCAAAUAACGUCAAUCUUAAAUCGGAUAUUGCAAGAGGGUUCAGACUAUUUGGACAUCACUUCUGACAUUGUGAUGAACCAGGAAUAUAUGCACGUCCACACACCUAGUCUUGAUAUUGAAUGUUAAAUGGAUAUACUCGUAAUAAAAAACUCAAUCUUAAA